GGUGGCGUCUCUACAGUGUCACAUUUACGUUUUUCUACAAAUAACAUUUCCGCCCAAAAAAUGUUGGGCAAUAUAUCAAGUAGUUUCUUUGUGAAUGUCGAACCAGUGCCAAACCGUGUAUCGAAUCUUUUCCAGGAAUUCGGAGAGGAUACAAAUGCUUCAAAAGUGAAUUUAUUUAUUGGAACAUACCUAUCAGAAGAAAAUCAACCAUACAUUUUACCGGCAGUGCGAAGGGCAGAAGUUAAAAUCUUCGAAAAUAUCACAACAGAUCACGAAUAUUUAUCACCGUGUGGUCAAAACAGCUAUACAAAACCAGCAAUUGAAUUAUUACUUGGAAAAGACUCAAUUGCAAUCAAAGAGCAUCGAGUUCAUGGCAUUCAGUCGCUUUCAGGAACUGGAGCGUUACAUAUAGGCGCCGAAUUUCUUCAUGCUGUUCUCGGGCUAAAAACGGUGUACAUUUCGAAUCCAACAUGGGACAAACAUGAAGGCAUUUUUCGACGAGUUGGUUUCAAGGAUAUUCGAUCGUAUCGAUAUUGGAAUUCAGAAACUCAUUCUUAUGAUUUUAAUGGAAUGCUCGACGAUUUAGAAAAUGCUCCUGAGGGUGCUACAGUCGUAUUGCAUGCAUGUGCGCAUAAUCCAACUGGCUGUGAUCCAACGACUGAUCAAUGGACUCAAAUUGCAAAUACGAUUGAACGAAAAAGACUUUUCACAUUUUUUGACUCGGCCUAUCAAGGCAUUGCCACUGGUGAUUUGGACAACGAUGCAUAUGCCGUUCGGUAUUUCGUGUCUCGGGGUCUUGAGCUGUUUUGUGCUCAAUCAUUUUCGAAAAUAUUCGGCUUGUAUGGUGAACGGGCUGGCAAUCUAAUCGUUGUACACAAAGAACCGUCUACAGUGAAAGCUGUCGCGGAUCAAAUAAGAAAUAUAAUAAUGGAAACAUACUUAACUCCCCCUGAGCACGGUGCACGCAUCGUUGAAACCAUAUUAAAUGACAAUGAGCUCUAUGAAGAAUGGAAACAAAAUCUUAGAGUUAUGGCACGUCGAAUCAAAACGAGUCGUAAAUCUCUUUACGAUGAAUUUAUUCGAUUAAAAACGCCAGGCAGCUGGGAUUAUAUUAUCGACCAAAUUGGCAUGUUUUCAUACACCGGACUGAGUGAAAAUCAAGUUAGACACCUCAAAGGCAACUUUCACAUUUACACAAGAGAAAAACGCAUUGCAAUGUGUGGCUUAAAUCAAAGUAAUGUAGCAUACGUUGCGAAAGCUAUUCAUUCUGCAAUUACAUCAAUUAGGAACUAGUUGAGUAAAUACAGUGUAGUGCUAUAUUGAAUCAUACAUCGAGAAACUUCCAUUUUAACAUCAAACUUGAACUACAUAUUCGUAUCAUUAAUGCAUGUUGAUAACAUGGAUUG